AAAAAUUGAGAAAAUGGAGUUGGAACUGGAAAGACUUGAAUGUGUGAGGCACGGAAUUGCAUAGAGAUUGGAAUCAGAGAUGCUAACAAUAGCAAUAGCGUUGUUUACUUUUAUUUAAUUUCAUUCGUCGUAUCGGAGUUUGAUGGUUUCAACGAAGAAACAAAACCCCCAUUCUUCUUCAACUCUCUCCCUCCCUCCGAGAGAGGAUCCUAAAUUCUAAUCAUUCAAAUCUAAUCUCAUAAUAAUGGCAGCAGUGUCAGGAGGAGGGAGUGAGAUAUGGAAGGCCCACACGGCAAUGGCCAUGGUGCAGUUAUUCAACGGAGGUUAUCACGUCAUCACCAAAGUUGCUCUCAACGUUGGGGUCAACCAAAUCGUCUUCUGCGUCUUCCGCGACCUCAUUGCCCUCGCCAUUCUCGCUCCCCUCGCUUACAUCCGCGAAAAGCGUAUGCGGCCACCCUUAACCAAACGCCUUCUGUUGUCAUUCUUCUUUCUUGGAUUGACUGGGAUAUUUGGCAACCAUCUUUUGUUUCUGAUUGGCUUAAGCUAUACUAAUCCAACUUAUGCUGCUGCAAUUCAGCCUGCCACUCCAGUCUUUACUUUUCUGUUGGCUGUAAUGAUGGGUACAGAAAGAGUGAACUUGUUAAGAUAUGACGGUCUGGCCAAGGUUGGAGGAACUUUUUCCUGUGUUUUAGGUGCUGUACUAAUGGUUUUAUAUCGUGGUCCGGCAUUGAUAGGGUAUUCAGAAACUGACUUUGUAUCACACAGUGAGAUAAGUGCCAAAGGUCAACCGGAGCCUUCUGGAUGGUUAAUUAGUGGUUUACAGGAUCUUGGAUUAGACCAUUUUCAUCUCGGGGUUUUGUGCUUCAUAGGGAACUGCAUGUGUAUGGCUGCUUUUCUAUCCAUUCAGGCUCCAUUAUUAAAAAAGUAUCCUGCAAACCUAUCUGUCACAGCAUAUUCAUACUUCUUUGGAGCUGUAUUGAUGGUAACUACAUCAUUCUUUGCAACUAAUGAAUCAACUGACUGGAGAUUGACACAAUCUGAAACAAUAGCCGUUAUUUAUGCUGGAUUUAUUGCAUCUGCCCUUAAUUAUGGACUCAUUACAUGGUGCAACAAGAUCUUGGGGCCAGCCAUGGUUGCUCUUUAUAAUCCACUUCAACCUGGAGCUUCUGCUCUCCUAUCCAGAAUUUUUCUUGGAAGUCCAAUUUACAUGGGAAGCAUCAUAGGAGGAUCUUUGAUCAUUAUUGGUUUGUAUGCGGUUACUUGGGCGUCAUAUAGAGAAAGACAUGCAGCUGCUGGAGUUGUUUCUCAUGGCUCUUGGGUCUCGGAAUCACUAGUUCAUGACAAGAGUUCUUUUAGGGUUAACAUUUUCUCAGGACCCCCCAGCCUGUCCACAAAGCCUUCGGAUUAACGAAAUGAAUUGUGGAAUUUCAUGUAAAAAGUCGUCCCAUAAUGCUUUGCUGUCUUUAUACAUAAUAGUUGUUUUGAAGAAAUUAAGAGAGUUGACGUUAAAAUUUUGAUGAACUUAUCAAAUUCCACAAGGCUAUUUGUCAUCUUAAAAAUGAUUUCAUAUAAGAAUUUUGUUUUCAAA